AGUAAUAAAAUUCUAAUACAAUCAAAUAAUCAUUUAAAUAUCAUAUUGAUGAUCCUUCUUCUCAAACAUCACAUUUUUUUUUCAACAGAGUGCGUGCUUUCGAGGUGACCUUCAAUAAAGGAGUUAAAUGGUUUUAUCUACAUGUGUGAUGUGUUUAUCUUGUUUAGAAGUUUUAGUACCGCAUAAUUGCCUCUUUAUUUAAAACGUGUUUGAAUUUUCUCCUGCGAUAGGUUUGUAGUUUAAUUGAACUUGCUUUAUUUUUGAAAAAAGUUGAAAGAAAACGUCAGUUAAAAUGUCUAGAGAAAGGGCAUCGAGGAGAUUCUACCGAGUAGAAUCAACAACUAAUCUACUAGGAUGUUUGGACAGAGGGAUGAUUGCAGAACAAGAAAAUCGUUGGUGUUUCGAAAUUGCAUGGGAAGCAGCCAACAAAGUUGGAGGAAUUUACACGGUAAUUAGAUCGAAAGCUUACGUCUCCGUGGAAGAAAUGGGGGACCAAUACUGUCUCAUGGGUCCGUACAAGGAGCACAGUGCUCGUACGGAAGUUGAAGAAGGUCCUCUCGGUAGCGAAGCAUUAAACAAAGCCGUUGAAAUGGUAAGAAACAAAGGUUUCAGAGUCAUUACCGGUAGAUGGUUAGUGGAUGGUAAUCCUCAAAUCAUUUUAUUCGAUAUUGGAUCCGCCGCAUGGAAAUUAGACGAAUAUAAACAAGAAUUGUGGGAAAAAACCAAUAUCGGAGUACCCCAUUUGGAUAUUGAAGCCAACGAUGCCAUUAUUUUAGGUUGUAUGGUAGUAGAAUUUCUAGCGGCUUUCAGGAUUACUUCGGAAGAAUACGGUGAAGGUACUCCACCACGUAUCGUAGCUCAUUUCCACGAAUGGCAAGCCGGAAUCGGGUUAAUAAUGAUUCGAAUUAGACAUGUCAACGUCGCCUCGGUUUUCACGACUCACGCAACGCUUUUAGGAAGAUAUUUGUGUGCCGGUAACACAGAUUUCUACAAUAAUCUCAGCAAAUUCAGCGUCGAUGAAGAAGCGGGAAAGAGGCAGAUUUAUCAUCGGUAUUGUAUAGAACGAGCCGCUUCUCAUUUGGCUCACAGUUUUACCACCGUUUCAGAAAUAACCGGUUAUGAAGCUGAGCAUUUAUUGAAGAAGAAACCUGACGUUAUAACGCCUAACGGUUUAAACGUCAAGAAAUUUUCCGCGCUUCACGAAUUCCAAAAUUUACACGCUCUUUCCAAAGAAAAAAUUCACGAAUUUGUCAGGGGGCAUUUUUACGGACAUUACGACUUUAAUUUAGAUAAAACUCUUUAUUUUUUCAUCGCUGGACGUUACGAAUUCGGUAAUAAGGGAGCUGAUAUAUUCAUCGAGGCCCUAGCUAGGCUCAACCAUUAUCUCAAGAAUACUCAUCCGGAUAUUACGGUGGUGGCUUUUAUGAUAUUUCCUGCGAAAACUCACAAUUUUAACGUAGAAUCUUUGAGAGGUCAUGCUGUUACUAAAUCAUUGAGGGAUACCAUUCACGAUAUUCAGAAUAAAAUCGGAAAAAGAAUGUACGAGACUUGUUUAAGUGGUCGUUUACCGGACGGAAACGAUUUGUUAGAGAAAGAAGAACUGGUGCGACUCAAGAGAUGUAUUUACUCAUUACAAAGAGACGGUUUGCCGCCCGUAACCACUCACAAUAUCAACGACGAUUGGAACGAUCCCGUAUUAAACGCCGUCAGACGAUGCAGUCUGUUCAAUACGACACACGAUAGAGUCAAAAUUGUGUUCCAUCCCGAAUUCCUCAGUUCGACUAAUCCCCUGUUCGGUUUAGAUUACGAAGAAUUCGUUAGGGGUUGUCAUUUGGGAGUAUUUCCUAGUUACUACGAACCGUGGGGGUAUACUCCCGCCGAAUGUACCGUUAUGGGUAUUCCGAGUAUUACUACUAAUUUAUCAGGUUUCGGGUGUUUCAUGCAGGAACACAUCACGGAUCCCAUGUCUUAUGGUAUUUAUAUAGUGGAUCGUAGGUACAUCGGUCUAGAGGAUUCGGUACAGCAAUUAGCUCAAUACAUGUACGAUUUCGCGAGGCUUAGUAGAAGACAAAGGAUUAUUCAGAGGAAUCGUACCGAAAGACUUAGCGAUCUUUUAGAUUGGAGGAAUUUGGGGGUGUACUACCGUCAAGCCAGAAUGAAAGCGUUGCACAAAGUAUUUCCGGAUUAUAAGGAAGAAAUGGAAGUGGGACUCGCUUUUAGAUAUCCGAGACCCAUUUCCGAACCUCCAUCCCCUAGUUCUAGUAAAGUUACGACGCCGGCAGCAUCGGUACAUGGAUCUGAUGACGAAGGCGAUUCCGUUGAUUCCGAGGCAGAGCUGGAAGAACUUCGUAGAACACUGUAGAAGUUUAUAAUACUCUUUGAAGAUGAUGAAUAAUUGCGUUGAUUACGAUACUUGUUGAGCAAUUUUUGAGUAUUAUUCCUACUUUUUAUAUAUAUAUUUUUUAUCUUUGUGUAUCGUUGGUUCUAUGACUUUAUAUAUAAUAUUAUUUAUGAAAUUAUUAUUUUUUAUUUUCGCCAAAAUAAAUAGUACAAAAUUAGUAUGAAUAAUACUUGACGAUUAACUGCCAUAAUAUAACCUAACUUUUUAAAAACGUCGUCACUAUAAAGGACAUUUACAUUAUUUAGGUACAUUAAAAAAAAUAAAAUCAACUUUAUUAUA